AUGGCCACCAGCACCCCCGCCGCCACCCCCUGCCUCCUCGUCCUAAUCUCCGGUAAUGGGUCCAACCUACAAGCCCUCAUCUCCGCCACCACCUCCACCCCGCCCACCCUCCCCGCCCGCAUCAUCCACGUCAUCUCCAACAAAAAGGCCGCCUUCGGGCUCACCCGCGCCGCCAACGCCAACAUCCCCACCACCUACCACAACCUGGUUCCCUACAAGAAGCAGCACGCCGGCGACAUCGCCGCUGCGCGGCGGGCCUACGACGCCGAGCUCGCGCGGCUGAUACUGGAGCAGAAGCCUGACAUGGUGGUGUGUGCGGGGUGGAUGCACAUUUUCUCUGACGCGGCGCUGCAGCCGCUGGUGGAGGCGGGGGUGGGCAUUAUCAACCUGCACCCCGCGCUACCGGGGCAGUUUGAUGGGGCGGGGGCAAUAGAAAGGGCGUAUGAGGCUUUCCAGAAGGGUGAGAUUGGGGGCACGGGCAUCAUGGUGCACUGGGUGAUUGGCGAGGUGGAUCGGGGAGAGCCGAUCGUGGUGAGGGAGGUGGAGAUGGUGGAGGGGGAGGGGUUGGCCGAGUUGGAGGAGAGGAUACAUAAGGUCGAGCAUGUGGAGAUUGUGAAUGGGACGAGGAUGGCGCUGGAGAGGCUCGUGAGGGAGAGGGAGGCUGCUGGGCGUACGUAG